AUGUCUGAACGACCAAAUGACCAUAGAAGAAAAUGGAACCACGAAGACUACGAACAACUGGCUCUGGAGCGUGCCAGACAAGAAAUCGCAGACGAAGAGCUUGGACUUCUUAAAAAACCCGCAGUCCAACGCGAACUGCUUAAGCCAAGAGACUACAAAGUAGACUUAGACUCUAAGCUUGGAAAAACGGUUGUAAUAAAUAAAAACACCGCUUCUUCCCAAUCGGGUGGGUAUUAUUGCAAUGUCUGCGAUUGCCUCGUCAAGGAUUCCAUCAAUUUUUUGGACCAUAUUAAUGGGAACAAACAUCAGAAAAAUUUGGGAAUGUCCAUGAAGAUCGAAAGGUCGACUUUGGAUCAGGUCAAAGCUCGAUUUGCGGCUAAUAAGAAGAAGCUGGAAGAAAAGAAGAAGGAUUAUAAUCUUGAGCAGCGUGUCAAGGAGCUGGAGGAGGAAGAGGAGAAGCUUAAGGAGUACCGCAAGGACAGGAGGAAGGAAAAGAAGCGGAAAAUUGAAGAAGCUAACCAAGAAGAGGAAGAAGCUAGAACUGCGGGGUGCGAUGAUAUGGCCGCCAUUAUGGGGUUCUCAGGAUUUGGAUCCAAGAAAAGUAAAAGUGGAAAGAAAUAA